AUGGGUUGCAAGGAAAGCUCGUUGCGUUCCGCUGGUACGAACGAGAAAAAUGGGGCCGAUGCCGCAAAAACGGGAUACAGCGUCGAAAAAGCGGAGCGUCCCAAAUCCAAAUCCAAAUCCAAAUCAUCACUUUGCAAUACCGAUCAUGCAUCGUCGCUCUCGCAGUCAUCGACCUCAGAGAAGAAUAGAGGCUCCCCGGUCUCGGCGCGCCAAGACAAGGACAAGCCGCUUCCUCCGCAUGACCCGUUGGGUGAUGGAAGAGGAGCCCCGGACAGUAUGCAGCUCGUUCCUUUUAUGGCAGAUGAGGCCAAUGGCAUUCACGCGGACUAUGAUUACAUCGUGUCAACUGAUAGUAGCACGUCCAGUACUCCGCAAUUGUUUCGGGUUGAGCCUAAGCGUAUCGUUCCGCAGGGGGAAGGCACAUGGGAGUGGUGGUACGAACAGGUGGAAAGGCUACGUGUAACAAAAGAUAACAGCUCCCGUGUCAGACUUCAAGACGUUCCGAAUCGGCUUACGCGGCAAUAUGAUGCUAACAAGAACCAGGUUGAGUUGGACCUGAGCUGGUGCUAUAUGGAGCGUGCAGCUCCGUACGUUCUUGGGCGGCUGUUUGCCAGCCCUUACCUGGGCGAGCUCCGCUGGGUGACCGCGCUUCGACUGGAUGGUAACUACUUCACUGAUGACGGAUUUGGCAACAUGCUUGCCGUGAUGGGGGCGGCAAAUGAAAGGCAGGUUGUUUUUCCACUCUUAAAAAAUUUGUACCUCAACAGCAUGAAUCUCGAUCACUGCAGUGUUCAUGGUUUUUUUUUCUACUUGUUCCCCGUGGAUGCAGCUCUUGCCGCCAGACAACCAUCAUCAUCGAGCAUUGCAGGCGAGGCAGCUGGACUCCCAGCGGAGGCGUACAUGCCAUUUCAUGAAGCGCCACGCGUUCCUUUGUUUCCAUCGUUAGAGGUACUGAGUCUAUGCGACAACCCGAGUAUAGGAAACCGUGGUUUGGCAGAAAUACUUCGAUGGUUUAUGGCACCCCAUUACCAGCGGAGGAUUUUACCCGUAUUGGACCUCUCACGCUGCGGAAUUAACGAGGUGGGGGUGGGCUACAUCAAUGAAUAUCUCACGCAGCUCUCACUGGCAGCGAAGGAGGGAGAUUGCGUUGUCAUUGCUAGACGUGUGGUUCUCUUUGGUAACCGGCACAGCUGCAGUGGCGGCAGUAGCAGCAGCGGCAGCCUCCACGCUAGGAAUAACGCGGAGCCGGAUGUCACACUUUUGAUGUGA